AUGAUCAAGGAGAAUUGUGAAGCUCGUUGUCCGAUUCAGCCGAAUCCGUGCCCGUUGACAUUGGUCUCAUUCACGAGACCGGUAGGUAGCAACUUACAAAAUCCUAAGAAAAAAAUCAGUAAAUGCUAUAUCAUUCUCUGUUCAGCCGUUUCAAAUCCGUGCAAAGCACCAGCUCGAAAUCCUGGAGAGGGUCCGUAUCAUGCAACGAGGUGGUCCUUCGAGAGCUCAACACGGAAGUGCAUUCCUUUCGAAUACAAGGGAAUGCGAGGAAACGCUAAUAAUUUUGUGACGAGAGAAAAUUGUGAGCAACGAUGCCCAGAGGGUGCCAUUAAAAAGAUCCGUUUAGUGUUCAAGAAUCCUUGCAAGCUCUUUGAGCCGUUCUCAACGGAAAACAAGUACUACACAUGCAGUCCAACAGCGUUGUGCCCUAAUCAGUACUACUGUCAUGUGGGAGUCGAUACCAACUAUUGUUGCCCGGUGAUGGGUGAGCUCAACUCCCGGUUUGUUUUGAAGUUCUUCGACGGAAGUGAUCCGUGUAGUCAGCCAAUGGAUGUUGGCAUCGGCUCGGCACAACUUCAGCGAUGGUACUGGAAUGCCCAAUCACAGAUGUGCUUACCAUUCAGCUACUGCGGUUUGAAAGGCACGCAGAACAACUUUCUUAGCAAGCAGGAUUGCGAACGCACUUGCUACGUACUUGAUAAUCCGUGUGCACUCGGUUUACCUCAAAUGACCGUGGAAAAUCGUCCACAAAUAUGUUCCAUAGGCCAAAACACUUGCUCCGCUGGUUACUGGUGUCACUACGGUGCUACACAAAAGACAACUGUUUGUUGCCCUGGAAGAGUGGAAGGUCUAGCGAUAUGCCAGCAGUCGUUAGCGUUGGGAAAUGGUGACGCGACACUGGCGCGUUGGUACUACGAUGCGGCCAGCAUGCGUUGUGUUCAGUUCUACUAUCGAGGGCAUUACGGCAAUCAGAAUAACUUCUUAACUCUCGAGGAAUGCGAAAGGACAUGCCCUGUCUUUGUCAACCCGUGCAAUCAACCGAUCAUACUUCCACCGAGAACAUGUAGUGCUGUCGGUCCUGACACCUGCGGUCCGAGUUCGUGGUGUCAUGUGGGAGCGACUCCAGACACGACGAUCUGCUGUCCUAGUGAGGGUGAUCCGUGUACGUUACCGCUGAAUCGUGGAACCGGUAACCAGUAUGUGGAUCGGUGGUAUUUCAAUCAACAAGCUGGUACAUGCCAACCAUUCUUGUAUGCCGGGCUUCAUGGGAAUCAAAACAAUUUUUUGACAAAAGAGGCUUGCGAAGAACGCUGUGGUCCGAAUCCUUGCUUCGAGGGCCGGCCAUUCGUCGGUGUUGACGGUCGCCCUCAGACGUGUUCCAUUUCGGCAAAUCUCAACACAUGUCCAGCAAAUUAUUGGUGUCACAUAGGAGCUGAUAUGAGCACCACUGUAUGUUGCCCAGGAGGUGAGUUUAUUUUCCAGGCCUGA